CCCAACCCGAGCCGGCGAGUUAUCAGCCGCAGCGGACCCUCUGCCUCUCGCGCUGCCGUGCCCACUGGAGCCCGCCACCCAUCUCCCCGCGACGUGCUGCCCUGCACCCGCAGCCAUGUGCCGGACCCUGUCCGCCUUCCCCACCACCUGCCUGGAGAGGGCCAAAGAGUUCAAGACCCGGCUGGGGAUCUUUCUUCACAAAUCAGACCUCAGCUCCGAUGCUGGCAAUGCUGGCAAGUCCGAGGGGAGCACCAAACACAGCAAAGAGCGAAACUUCUCAGAAGAUGUGCUGGGAUGGAGAGAGUCGUUUGACUCGCUGCUGAGCAGUAAAAAUGGGGUGGCUGCCUUCCAUGCUUUCCUGAAGACGGAGUUCAGCGAGGAGAACCUGGAGUUCUGGCUGGCCUGUGAGGAGUUCAAGAAGAUCCGGUCAGCUACCAAGCUGGCCUCCCGGGCGCACAGGAUCUUUGAGGAGUUCAUCUGCAGCGAAGCCCCCAAAGAGGUGAACAUAGACCACGAGACCAGGGAGCUGACCAGGACCAACCUGCAGGCUGCCACGGCCGCGUGCUUCGAUGUGGCUCAGGGGAAGACACGCACCCUGAUGGAGAAGGACUCCUACCCACGCUUCCUGAAGUCACCCGCUUACCAGGACCUGGCGGCCCAAGCCUCGGCCACCAACGCCUCUCCGUCCAGCUGCAGCUCAGCAGAGCCCUCACACACCUGAGCCUCCUGGCAGUGAGGAGCCAGCCGGGAAGAGAGGUUGAGUCACCCAGCCCUGAGGCAGCUGCCCCUGUGUGGGAGGCAGGUUCUGCAAAGCAAACAAGAGGACAGGGAAGGAAAAGCUGUGUUGUUUUUUGUUUUGUUUUUGGAAGCAACAGCCUCUCCUCCAGAUACUGUGGGACCGAACUUCAUGCAUGAGAGGGUCGUCCCCAGUCCCAGGACCUGUGGAUAAGGGCGGAAGGUCACGGCUGUGUGGUGCUCUCUGGGGAAAAGAAUGGUGGUGCAGGAGGUAUCACUGGCUCUUGUCACUCUCACCGGGGCAGGAACUAGUCCAGGGUGGUUUGGGAAAUGUAAAUAAAGGGAAACUCAAAAAUGGAAGGGAAGACAGCCAGGUCAGCGGUGUUGCCUGUCGCACAGCUGACCGAGCACAGCCCGUGUGCCUCAUUCCCAGGCUGUCCUGGGCACAGGAGGGAGCCCUGGAUGCGGACCCUUCCCGUUCCAUCCGCCGCACCUGCCUCGCCGCCCAGGGGCCCUUUAGCUUGUACUUCUUACCACUCCUGUGUCCAGCCUCACAGUCUUUUCAAGGCCAGGGGACCAGCGUGAUGCUGGCCCCAAGGGAGAUUUUUAUACCUCAAACACUGGCCUUUGAGUCCCCUUCCACGUCAGCAGAGAGCCCCGAAGAGAAGCUCAUGGGAAAUGAACCUUGGUGCUCUCGGUGACCUUGUAGGUGGUCCCUGACCUUGUGUUUGCAGCAGGGUCCACACGUGAGCAGGGCCUCUUGCUGGGAGACGCCAUCGAGGUGCACUUGCAAUGUUGAGGGACCACAAUGACCCUUGGACAGAUCCCAGAAGCUGGGAGUGGAGUUAGAGGGAGAGGCUGCUUGGAAGAGCAGGACUGGGAAAAUCAGAACCUGCCUGUCACCUCAGGGCAUCGCUGAACAAACCUGCUGAGGCGGGGCCUGCGCAGGAGCCCAGGCUGGGGAGGUGACGGACCAGGUGGCCCCCUGUGCCCGGGAAAUCAGCCCUGUUCUCGCUGCACUGUGAGCUCCUCCAGGAGACAAUUAUUUAAGUUAUAACGUCUGGCUGGUUCUGUGACGACUGCCAGAGCAUGUUAUUUUUGUUACUGUCUAUGGGUGUGAUUGCUAUUGUUAUUUAUUAUUGUGACUGUAGUUUGCCUCGACCCCCGAGCAUCUCAGCAGGACCUGGCAGCCUGUGUCCCUCCCCCACCAGGCUCUACCUCGGGACGAGCUGGGAACCUCUCUGCGCCUGUCAGGAAUUCCUCAUUAUUGAAAUAUUUAUUUAUUGUUGACAACUGGAGCUGGUUUCCGAGAUACAGAUGAUGUACUCAAUCCCUAUGUUUCCUGUUACAGCAUGUUAUAUUCUUGUAAAAUAAAAGUAAAACCCCCACAUGA